AUUUUAGGCAAAACCCCGGAAACCCUGGGGCCGCGGCCGUAACCCUACCCCGUAUAAAACCCAGCGCAGCGAUAGGGCAUCCCCCCCUCCGAUUCCAACCAUUACCGUCGAAAUCCCAUUGACCCCUCCCCCCCUCUCGUGCUUCACCAAGCUCUCGAGUUUCCUCACAACGGCGGCGAUGGAUGAGGUCACCGAGGCCGUGAACAACCUAAACAUCUCCGACGGAGGGGCCACGGCGGCCGGUGGCGGCGCGGAGGGGCACAAGAAGAACCGCAUCCAGGUCUCCAACACCAAGAAGCCCCUCUUCUUCUAUGUCAACCUUGCCAAGAGGUACAUGCAGCUGCACAACGAAGUGGAGCUCUCGGCCCUCGGCAUGGGAGAAUUAAGGGGGAAAACACACUUCAAGAGCAAGAAAACACACUCCUCAAUCCAAGGCAAAAGGCGUCGACCAAUCAGAGCGCGCCAUUCAGCAGCACAUGGAUUCAUGGGCCCACUUGAGCAAGUUACCGACUUAGACAAGAGCUAUUACCUGUGGAUUAGUGAUGAGGGCCCACCUAGCAGUCACCCAACCAAAGUUGGGCCGAUUCAGGGCGGUCGAAGGUUGGCCGACCAACCCGAUCGACCAACCUGCCCACAGCACCAACCGACCUCAGGCUUCGACGUGGCAGCUCCCCAUUGGUCCUAGAAGUCGGUUCUGGGAGGAUCACCUACUGAAACCGACCUUGUUGGUCGGGGCUCUCUCCUAUAUAUAUAUAUGAGGGGAGGGGCUCCAUUUCAACACAUCCAUCCAAGUGCUCUCUCAAGCCUUCUCUUGAUUUAGAAGUGUCUUAGAGUAGGGAGAGGGUAGAGGUACUCAGGAGGGGUGCCGGUCUUCGGUGCUCUUCUUCAUUUUGUACCUCUAAGAGAGUGAGGGAGUAGUUCGGGAGAAGUGCCAGGGUGUCGGCACUCUACCCCAGUUUGUACCUCUACGGAUGCUGCUACAUUCUUCGGGUUUAGUAA